ACAACUAUUUGCUCCUUUCGAGAGUUUCCUCAAUCCAUCCAUCUUGACUGUGAUAAAGUUGCUCAGCGCACUAAGAUAUAGUACAAAAUGUCUCUGUAUCCUUCCUUAGAAGAUAUGAAAGUCGAUCAAAUGGCCCAAGCACAGACCCUGCAAGCUCGAGCUCAACAACCAGCUAUUGGAUACGCACCACAGGCUGUUGCACCUGUACCAGCCUCUGCUCCAGGACCUGCCCCAACAAGUAGUCUGUAUCCCUCACUCAACGACUACAUGGGUCUGGCUGUUUCUGAAGAUGCUGUGAGGCAACAUGUUCCAGGAUAUACAACUGCUGUGGUGCCAAGACCACAAGGUGCUGUUGUACCUCAGACCAGUGGAAUGGUUGCUCCCGUAACCGGUGACAAUAACCUCGCCAUCCGCCGUUCUGAGAUCAAACAAGGCAUCCGUGAGGUUGUUCUCUGCAAGGACGGCAAAGGAAAAGUUGGUCUGCGUGUGCGAGACAUUAACAAGGGUGUGUUUGUUCAAUAUGUCCAUGCCAACUCACCUGCUGCCUUGGGAGGUUUGAGAUUUGGUGACCAGAUUCUACAGAUUGAUGGUGAAACUUUGGCUGGUUACAGCAGUGAUAAAGUGAUGAAGAUUUUGAAGAAUGCUUCUGCUCAGAGAGUAGUAUUUGCUGUUAGAGACAGACCGUUUGAACGCACAAUCGUUUUACAGAAGGAUAGUGCUGGCCAUGUAGGAUUUGUGUUUAAAAAUGGCAAAAUCACUCAGAUUGCCAAAGACACAUCUGCAGCAAGGAAUGGACUACUGAUUGAGCACAACCUUGUCGAAGUGAAUGGACAGAAUGUAGUGGGCCUCAAGGAUAACAAUAUUAAAGAAAUUCUUGAAAAGGGUGGCCAGACAAUCACACUGACAAUCAUUCCAACUUUCAUUUAUGAGCACAUGAUCAAGUGUAUGGGUGAUGGCCUUGUUAAGAAGACUAUGGACCACAGCAUCCCAGACUUGUAAAGAUCUUCAGAGAAAAGUCUUUUUAGGGCUCCAUUAGAACAUUUAUGUAAUUAUAAUUUUCUGGUAGACUAAUGUAGUUGAUGUAGAUGUGAGGACCCUUGGUAAACUUAUCCUAAAGGUGAUAUACAAUGCUAUAGCUUUUGUUAAUUACUGUGUAGGUGAAAAGCCUAGAAAAAAUAUAUUCUGUUAUCACAUGGCAUCAUUGUUGCCCUAUUUAGGGACCUCAACAAGAGAUUUUUGUUGAUCAAUUUCUUUUGUUGUCAAUCCAGUAACAUAAAUAUUAAUAAUGUUCUUGCAAAUUGAUUCCUUCUGCAUUGGUUGUAAACCCGUAUUGUUCAAAAUUCAUUUCAUCAUGUUCCAAGUGGUUUACUUUUUACCUUAUUGUCUUAACCAAAAAUAAUGUGCUUCUGUUGAUUUGAAUUUAUUUGUUGUUUUGUUUUGUUUUCUAAUUUACAAAAUGGAUUUCUGCAAAAGUGAGAAAUAAGGAUAACAGUUGUGUAGAGGUCAAUGAUACAGGUAAACAUACUGUAACUUCAAGGACGGAGUAGUUGUUUGUAAACAAAUCUACUUUAUGGCUACCUUGUAAUGAAAAUGUUCUGCUGUUACUUCAACUAUACUAAUAUUGUAACAUUUUAUGGUGUCUAUAGAGGCAAUUAAAAAAUCUGUCAUAAUUUGUGAUCACUGUUA